AUGAUGCACUGGAUGUUUGUCAUUGACAAAAGCACAAACAGAGCGACAGCUCCAUCACCUUCACCUGAGCCAUCACUGUCCACCAUGACGGCAACAAAUGAGGUGGUUCCUGAAAGCGAAACAGGUCAUCAGCCCAACUUCUUUGGGUACCUCUCAGACCUGUCCAACGACUCGGAUGCAGACAUUGAGGACUCUGACACCAACUCAGAUACUAAUUAG